CCUAGCCGAUACAAGUUCCUCAAAUGCGCUCAGGUCCUCGUAACUCAUCGUUCUCGUCCAUUCAGACGCAAGCCCCGUUUCUCGUCGUCGUUUCGAUGCUCUAUGAAUGCCCAUGAUCGGGGUCCAGCACUUCCAGCCCCCUUACGCCGCAGAACCCAAACCCACCUGCUCCGCAUUUCCACCUCCGAAUCACAUGCACGGCCAUGGCAGAUACUUUCAACGCUCUUACACAGCACUUUGAACCUCAAGCCUUUUCGUCUCAGCCACAGCAAAGUACAGCACAUGAAAAUACAGCGCCAGUCAAUACAGCACACAGCGACGCAGACAGUCAUUACAUUCCUCGCCCCAAGCGCAUCGCAUGUGUCCUCUGCCGGAAGAGGAAGUUGAGAUGCGACGGCAAGAGACCUAGCUGCGGGACUUGCUCUCGGUUAGGCCAUGAAUGCAUCUACGAUGAAGUACGAAAGAAGAGUGGACCCAAGCGGGGUUAUGUGAAGCAACUGGAAGCACGUCUGGCCCAGGUAGAAACCCUGCUCAAAAGUCAGGAGGCUAAUGCGCACCCAAGCCUGGAGAAUGGCGCAAGCUUCGCAGCAACGAACUCGUUGACUGGCGUACUCCAAGCACCUCCCGGGGAUGACGUCGACCCCUCCAUGUCGCUCUUAGACGGAGCAAAUGCCCCUGCGCUUUCGGUCCAAGCAUUUUCAGAGGCAGAAGGAACCCGCUCAAGCACAUCGGGAGGUGAGUUGAUAUCGCUAGGGCUGGAGGAACCCCUCCCGGCACAGGAGGUCAUUGAUGAAUUGAAUGCUAUCUAUUUCGAGAAAGUUCAUCCCGGGCUACCCAUGAUACAUCGCCCAAAGUAUCUAGCAUCUUUGGCUUUCGCUCCUAGUUCACGGCCCCCGGUGUGUCUACAGUACAUGAUAUGGUGCCUUGCCGCGUCUGUUAGCGACAAGUAUUCCAGUCUACAUGAAACCUUCUAUCAGCAAUCUCGCAAGUAUGCUGAAUUAGAUGAGCUGAAAGGGCUCGGGGGGCGGGUGGUUUCUCUGGCACACUGUCAAGCUUGGUUGCUUAUCAGCACGUACGAAUUCAAAAUGAUGUUUUUCCCUCGGGCGUGGUUGAGCUCUGGAAAGGCUUCUCGACUGGCAAUCAUGAUGGGCUUGAAUCGAUUAGAUGGACAGGGUCUCGAUGUCAAACAGACACUGCCACCUGCUAAUGAUUGGACCGAAAAAGAAGAGCGGAGGAGGGUAUUCUGGGCGGCAUUUUGUAUUGAUCGAUACGCGAGCAUUGGCACUGGAUGGCCUUUCACGAUCGACGAAAGAGAUAUAUCCUCAAAGCUUCCUGCGUCAGAUGAAUCCUUCAUCGAGAAUACACCCCAAGAGACACCACUUCUUCCCGAUGUUCUGGAGGGCGAGGAUAUAACAAUGCUGUCUCCAUAUGGAGGCGUCGUGGUCUUAGGGUGCAUGUUCGGCAGGAAUAUAACUCAUCUUCAUCGGCCUGAGCCGCAAGAUAAUGACCAUGACCUCAACGGCGUAUACUGGCAGCGACACAGGUCCCUCGACAAUAUAUUGCUCCACAUAUCCCUGGCCAUGCCGUGCCAUCUUCGUCUGUCAGUUGGAACAACCGAUCCAAACGUUAUAUUCUGCAACAUGGCUAUCCACACGGCAACAAUAUGCCUACACCAGGCGGCUAUAUUCAAAUCGGAGAAGAAUAAAAUGCCAGAACAGAUUGCUACGGAAAGCAAGCGAAGGUGUAUUGUAGCUGCGGAUCAAAUCUCUAACAUAAUGAAAAUGAUCAGCCAUCUAGAUUUGAGUGUCAUGAAUCCUUUCAUGUCGUUCUGUGUCUAUCUGGCCGCGCGUGUCUUCAUACAAUACUUGAAGUUUCGUCCCAGCGACUCAGCAGCUCGUUCAUCUUUGCAAUUUGCCUUCUCUGCUCUGCAUAAGCUGAAAACCAAGAACCCGUUGACAGGAUCAUUCAUACUCCAACUGAAUCUCGACAUUGAAGGCUCGGCCUUUGGUGACGCACUGCAAUCGAAAAGUGCAUGCUUCACGGGUGGCCAACAACAAGACGCGGUAAGAAAACCACACUUCUGGAAAAGCAAACAGCGGCUGACCCUUACUUAUCCUUUAGACCUCCGCUGGCAAAGUCACCACAAACACCUCUUCUCAGGUAAAGAAAAACCCACAUGAAGCACACGCCGACGGAGUUUCUCCAGAUUCCUCGCAAGGCACAUCUGGGAAUACCAUACCCACGCCGCCCUCACAUUCAAGUCGACAAAAUCCCAGAGAACUGCAAC